GUUCAAACCUCUUGCGUGAACCAUGGUUGUCAGCGUCGCAUUGCUGUAAGUCAUUGUUGUGAGAUGUGUCUAGAAAAGUGAAACCAAAAAGCAAAACAUUCGAUUCAUGCGUCCCUCUCCCUCAUUCGGUAACAAUGCCUUGUCCAGCUCGCAAGUGCAACUGCAUGAAGACAGUGAUCAAGAGAAAGGCCACGAAAAGAUUGAGAAACAUCAAGAAAUGCGACGGGAUGACUCGGGUGCAAGCCGUGAAAGCUCAAAAGAGCAAGGAAGAAAAGUCCCCUCAUGUAUCUUCAAUACAUUCGGGGCACAGACCGGUGCGAAUCUGUUGCAUGGUUGGUGCGCUGGUGCGGUAAGUAAGUAUCUUAACGUGCAUGAUCAUUGGGGUUCAACCUCGGACGGUGGUAAGGGUAAAGAUGAAGGAGACGCCGCUAGUACAGCAAGUAGAAAGAAGUUCGAGUUUUCUAUUUCCGCCCCGAAUAAUGUAAUAAAUGGCUCACGUACUUCGGAAGGGGCUUCGAGAAGUCAAGGAGGAUGAAGCAGCUGAGGAGACCUUCAUGUUUUCAGGAGGUCCGUAAAGAAAGAGUACCCUUGGUACUACACGUGGUUGCGUCCCGAAGACUCAGUGGAUAUAGACAUCAAACUCGAAGCUUAAGCUUUAUGCUGGUUCGGAAUGAAAAAAAAAACUAAAUUAACGCCCCUAUAUACCUGUGGCAGUCUGCGCCGAUCUUGCGCGACACUCAUCGCAUUGCAUUGAAAAAGUGCACUAGUGUACACUGUGCUACUAGUGGAGACCGAAUAGAAGACGGAUGUGUCUAGACGGAUGUGUCUUGUUCCAAUGUUUUGCAAAGGCGGUGACUCGAUUAACCAGGACGCUCUCUCAACACUGUGUGAGCGUGUGGCUUGAGCAGUUCGCUGUUCGUGCAUCAUCGCCGUCAACCACAUACUUUUUCAACGCCUACUGCUGAAGACAAAAA